GGCUCGAGGGUGGCUGCUGGAGGGAGCCGCCGCCGCUGCCGCCGGUGCUCGCCAGGAUUCCCGCGGGGCGCAUGGGGCGCUUCGAGCCGGGAUCGCGCGCGAAGAACGCGCGCAGCCUCCUGCUGCGGUGAGAAGCCGCGCUGGGACGCCCCCAAGACCGCAAACUGCCAGAAGGAUGACCAUGGCUGGGGGCAGAAGGGGGCUGGUGGCCCCGCAAAACACGUUUCUGGAGAAUAUCGUCCGGCGGUCCAAUGAUACAAAUUUUGUGUUGGGGAAUGCCCAGAUAGUGGACUGGCCUAUCGUGUAUAGCAAUGAUGGAUUUUGCAAGCUGUCUGGCUACCACAGGGCAGAAGUGAUGCAAAAAAGCAGUACCUGCAGUUUUAUGUAUGGGGAGCUAACUGAUAAAGACACAGUUGAAAAGGUGCGGCAAACAUUUGAGAACUAUGAGAUGAAUUCCUUUGAAAUUUUGAUGUACAAGAAGAACAGGACACCUGUGUGGUUCUUUGUGAAAAUUGCUCCAAUUCGAAACGAACAGGAUAAAGUGGUUUUAUUUCUUUGUACUUUCAGUGACAUAACAGCUUUCAAGCAGCCAAUUGAGGAUGAUUCAUGUAAAGGUUGGGGGAAGUUUGCUCGGCUGACCAGAGCACUAACAAGCAGUCGGGGUGUCCUGCAGCAGCUGGCCCCCAGUGUGCAGAAAGGUGAGAACGUCCACAAGCACUCCCGCUUGGCAGAGGUCUUGCAGCUGGGCUCUGACAUCCUUCCCCAAUACAAGCAAGAGGCACCAAAGACUCCUCCUCACAUCAUCUUGCAUUACUGUGUUUUUAAGACCACGUGGGAUUGGAUCAUCUUGAUCUUAACCUUCUACACAGCCAUCUUGGUCCCUUACAAUGUUUCCUUUAAAACCAGACAGAACAAUGUGGCCUGGCUGGUUGUGGAUAGUAUCGUAGAUGUCAUCUUCUUGGUGGACAUUGUGCUGAAUUUUCAUACCACGUUUGUUGGACCAGCUGGGGAAGUGAUUUCUGACCCCAAACUCAUCCGCAUGAACUACUUGAAGACGUGGUUUGUGAUUGACCUUCUGUCCUGUUUGCCGUACGAUGUCAUCAACGCAUUUGAGAACGUGGAUGAGGGCAUCAGCAGCCUGUUCAGCUCUCUCAAAGUUGUCCGACUGCUGCGUCUGGGGCGAGUGGCCCGUAAGCUGGACCACUAUAUUGAAUACGGAGCUGCGGUACUGGUCCUGCUGGUGUGUGUGUUUGGACUGGCUGCUCAUUGGAUGGCCUGCAUCUGGUACAGCAUCGGGGACUAUGAGAUCUUUGAUGAGGACACCAAGACAAUCCGCAAUAACAGCUGGCUCUACCAACUGGCCAUGGACAUCGGCACCCCUUACCAGUUUAAUGGAUCUGGCUCUGGGAAGUGGGAAGGUGGUCCCAGCAAGAAUUCCGUCUACAUCUCCUCGUUGUAUUUCACCAUGACCAGCCUCACCAGCGUGGGCUUUGGGAACAUUGCCCCAUCCACAGACAUCGAGAAGAUCUUUGCAGUGGCCAUCAUGAUGAUUGGAUCACUCCUCUAUGCCACCAUCUUUGGGAAUGUCACAACCAUUUUCCAGCAGAUGUAUGCCAACACCAACAGAUACCAUGAGAUGCUCAACAGUGUUCGGGACUUCCUGAAGUUGUACCAGGUGCCAAAAGGACUGAGUGAGCGAGUCAUGGAUUAUAUUGUGUCCACCUGGUCCAUGUCCAGAGGCAUUGACACAGAGAAGGUCCUACAGAUCUGCCCCAAGGACAUGAGAGCUGACAUCUGUGUGCAUCUGAACCGAAAGGUGUUCAAGGAGCAUCCAGCCUUUCGGCUGGCCAGCGACGGCUGCCUGCGGGCACUGGCCAUGGAGUUCCAGACGGUGCACUGUGCCCCAGGAGAUCUCAUCUACCAUGCAGGCGAGAGCGUGGACAGUCUCUGCUUUGUGGUGUCUGGCUCCCUGGAGGUGAUCCAGGAUGAUGAGGUGGUGGCCAUCCUAGGGAAAGGAGAUGUGUUUGGAGAUGUGUUCUGGAAGGAAUCCACCCUUGCCCAGUCCUGUGCCAACGUCAGAGCCUUGACCUACUGUGACCUGCACGUGAUCAAACGUGAUGCUCUGCAGAAAGUGCUGGAAUUCUACACAGCCUUCUCCCACUCCUUCUCUCGGAACCUCAUUCUCACCUACAACUUGAGGAAGAGGAUUGUGUUCCGGAAGAUCAGUGAUGUGAAACGGGAAGAGGAAGAGAGGAUGAAACGGAAGAAUGAGGCCCCCCUGAUCUUGCCCCCAGAUCACCCUGUCCGGCGACUCUUCCAGAGGUUCCGACAGCAGAAAGAGGCUAGGCUAGCUGCAGAAAGAGGGGGCCGGGACCUGGACGACCUGGACGUGGAGAAGGGUAAUGUCCUUACAGAGCACUCCUCGGCUAACCACAGCAUUGUGAAGGCCAGCAUCAUCACUGUCCGGGAGAGCCCUGCCACUCCCGUCUCCUUCCAGCCAGCCUCUACCUCUGGGGUGCCUGACCAUGCCAAGCUGCACGCACCAGGGUCAGAGUGCCUGGGCCCUAAGGCGGGAGGGGGCGACUGUGCCAAACGCAAAGGUUGGGCCCGCUUCAAAGAUGCUUGUGGGAAGGGCGAGGACUGGAACAAGGUCUCCAAGGCUGAGUCUAUGGAGACGCUCCCUGAGAGGACAAAGGCUUCAUCAGGGGAGGCCACACUGAAGAAGACAGACUCCUGUGACAGCGGCAUUACCAAGAGCGACUUGCGUCUGGACAAUGUUGGCGAGGCCAGGAGUCCCCAGGACCGGAGUCCCAUCUUGGCAGAGGUCAAGCAUUCUUUCUACCCCAUCCCUGAGCAGACACUGCAAGCCAUGGUCCUGGAGGUGAAACAUGAGCUGAAGGAGGACAUCAAGGCCCUGAACACCAAAAUGACAAACAUUGAGAAACAGCUCUCUGAGAUACUCAGGAUAUUAACUUCGAGAAGGUCCUCUCAGUCUCCUCAGGAGCUGUUUGAGAUAUCAAGACCUCAGUCCCCAGAGUCAGAAAGAGAUGUUUUUGGAGCAAGCUGAGAGGUCUUUAAAAAUAAAUAAAUAAAAGACAGAAACCUACAACCCUGC